AUGAAUGUUAUCACCCCGGAAGUUGCUUUUAGGGAAUAUCAAAUCAAAUGUCUCACAUCUUAUAUUUCUUCUGAUCCUGAUAUCACCCCUUCAAAUUUGAUAUUGCAAGGUUAUAGCGGAACAGGAAAAUCCCACACUUUGAAGGAAUAUUUUAAUGCUAAUCCAGAUUUGCAUACGGUAUGGUUGGAACCGGUUGAGUUGGUUUCGUGGAAACCUUUACUGCAGGCAAUAGCACGUACUGUACAAUAUAAACUGAAGAACCUAUAUCCUGACAUUCCCACCAUAGACUACGACCCAUUACAGGUUGAAGAACCAUUUCUUUUAGUAAAGACAUUGCAUAAUAUUUUUGCACAAUAUGAGUCACUCCACGAAAAAACUUGCUUGUUCUUAAUAUUGGAUGGUUUCGAUAGUUUACAGGAUAUAGACGCAGCAUUGUUUAACAAAUAUAUCAAGCUUAAAGAAUUACUUCCAAGAGACUCUAAAAUUGAUCUAAAGUUCAUCUACACGAUGUUAGAGACGUCUUUCUUGCAGAGAUAUUCCACACAUUGCAUUCCAACUAUCAUGUUCCCGAGGUAUAAUGUGGAUGAAGUAUCUACUAUACUAGUGAUGUCAAGAUGCGGUGAGUUAGUCGAGAAUUCUUGCCUGCGUAAGCGUAUCAUCGAAGAGCAGAUAACAGAUUGUACGGAUGACCAAUUCCAAAAUGUGGCCGCAAACUUCAUUCACUUGAUUGUACAGGCAUUUCAUUCCUACACGGGCAAUGAUAUAUUUGCAUUGAAUGAUCUAAUUGACUUUAAAUGGCCCAAAUAUGUGUCUUGCAUCACGAAGGAAAACAUAUUUGAACCGCUGACUUUGUACAAGAGUGCCAUCAAGCUAUUUUUGAGCACAGAUGAUGAUUUAGGUACAAAUGAACAAGACGGAAUUGUUGUGAACAUAGACCAUGAUGAACUUACUGACAACCAGACGUACGAUUUAUCAAUAAUCUCCAAAUAUCUGCUUAUAGCCUCAUAUAUUUGUUCGUACCUGGAACCUAGAUAUGAUGCAAGUAUCUUCUCAAGGAAAACACGUAUCAUACAAGGGAGAGCAGCUUAUGGACGAAGGAAGAAAAAGGAGGUAAAUCCAAGGUAUUUGCAGCCUUCUCUAUUUGCUAUUGAAAGGCUACUAGCUAUCUUUCAAGCAAUAUUCCCUAUGCAAGGUAAGGCAGAAAGUGGUUCUCUAUCUGCACUUCGUGAAGAACCCUUAAUGAAAGCUAAUAUUGAGGUUUUCCAAAAUUUAUCAGAAUUGCAUACGUUAAAACUAAUUGCUACAACUAUGAACAAGAAUAUAGAUUAUUUGAGCCCCAAAGUAAGGUGGAAGGUAAAUGUUCCUUGGGAAAUCAUCAAGGAAAUAUCAGAGUCUGUCCAAUUUGACAUCGGUGAUUACUUCAGCGAUAUUCACGAAUGA